CAACUGAAAGGCGCGCAAAGUAUUCAGAAAGAGGUGGGAAUAGCGACCGCAGCCGUCGGCAAAAUAACUGAUCCGCACUUCGCAGAGAAGAUAUUACAAGAGAAUGGGGCGACACUUAUAUUCAUUGGAAGGGCGUUCCUAAACAACCCUCACUGGCCUUAUAUGGCGGCCGAUGUGUUGGCCAACGAGAAGACCUUUAAAUACCCGAAUCAAUACGACUGGUGUAUCGGUUGGAAGGGUUUUGACAAGUGGAGGAAAGAUAACCGGAUAGUAGUGUCUCCGAUGUGUCAGUACUCUUGUGAAGACGGGAUCGUCAAUGACUGGCAUUUAGUUAAUUACGGGUCGUUUGCGACCGGAGGGGCCGGUCUGGUUGUGGUCGAAGCCACUGGUGUGGAGGCCAGGGGUCGGAUCAGUCCCGGAUGUCCUGGUCUGUGGAAAGACGAACAAAUAAAUCCUUGGAAAAGAGUCACCUCUUUCUUGAAAUCUCAGGGAUGUGUGGCCGGCAUACAGAUAGCGCACGCCGGACGUAAGGCGAGUACAGUUCCUCCGUGGGUGGGAAGGGACUCAAUUGAUGACAAGGAAGGCGGUUGGCCUACAAUAGGCGCCAGUGCUAUAGAAUUUGGUGAUAGGGUGUGGAAAGUACCCAAAGAGGCGACAAUUGAAGACAUCGAAGGAAUUAAGCGGUCGUUUGUGUCGGCCUCUGAACGAGCUGUGAGGGCGGGGUUUGAGGUGAUUGAGUUUCACUUCGCACAUGGAUAUCUGGUCAGUACUUUCCUGUCGCCAAUCACUAACCAACGGACAGACAAAUACGGCGGAAGUCUUGAGAACAGAAUGCGUUUGGGUUUAGAAAUUGCUGAAAGUGUGAGAAAAACUUUGCCACAGAAUAUAGUGAUCGGCGCCAGAGUUUCGGUCACCGAUUAUGUCGAGAAUGGAUGGGAUAUCAACCAAACCAUUGAAUUCGCCAAACAAUUGAAGAAACUUGGGCUCGAUUUUGUUGAUUGCAGUUCAGGUAGUAUUGUCCCUAACGUUGAUCCGUUAAAUACAAAUGAAGUUCAGAUAAAGUCUGCGGCGAAAAUACAGAAAGAGGUGGGAAUAGCGACCGCAGCCGUCGGCAAAAUAACUGAUCCACACUUCGCAGAGAAGAUAUUACAAGAGAAUGGGGCGACA